CCAAUCAGGGGUCAGUAGGGAACAAAACAGACAGAAAUACUCGAGGGAAAGAAGGGAUUUUUUUCAGCAUGUGUUGACAUUGCCUUUUGGGUAACUGUUCUUCAUCAUUUUUACAACUCAACUCGUUCUGUGUCAGCGUAAUAUCCAAGGGAUCGUCAAGAAAAAAUAUUUCAGAAGAAUGAGGUGAAGGUUGCUCCUACAGAGCCUUUGUAGAGGUGAUGUGAUUGCGCCCAAGCUUACUUUCAGUUUCCAGAUGGCGACUGUUAAAUCUGUAAAAUUUAAGAGAAGAAAAUCUUGCGGAAGCCUGGAAUGUCAAGUGGUACUUCUUGAUAAUUCUCUCUAUGUAACUAAAUUGGAUGGCAAGUCUGCUAAAGGACAGGAGCUUUUCAACAAAGUGUCUGAAAAGCUGAGUUUGCCGCCGAACACGAGAAACUACUUUGGCUUGCAAUUUAUAGAUGGCGUCGACGGCGAAUUAACGUGGUUAGAUUUUGAAAAAGAAAUUAGACCUCAGCGAAGAAAACCGUACACUUUCCAGUUUGCUGUGAGGUUCUAUCCGCUUGAAGCCAAUGUCAAACCCAAAGAAGUCCAGGACCUGUUGAUUUGGCAAAUCAAAGAUUCUCUUAUUCGAGGUAAAUUUAUCACGUCGAUUAAUGAGCACGCCGUUCUAGACGGAUUUUUUGCUCAGGCCUUUCUUGGUGACUUUAACCCCAAGUUACACACUCGUGGCUAUUUGGAGGAUUUAUUGGGGUCUUUCUUUGCCCCACCCAACAGAAUAAACUGCGAUGCUGAAUUGAGUGAAGAGAAAUACGAAAGUAUUGUUUACAAUUUACAUCGCUCUCAUAAAGGUAUGACUCCAGGCGAAGCAAGAAUUGCCUUCCUGGAGAUGGCUUAUAAUCUUCCUUUCUGUGGCAUGUCAUUACACCACGGAGCGACUGACAAAAAAGGCAACAUCGUAGAUUUGGCGAUCUGUGGCAGCGGAGUUCUCGUCUUUGAUGUUGACACCUUUGGAGUAGCGGGAAAUGUGGUUCAAAACUUUCCCUGGCACGAAAUUGUUGCGAUGACUCGUCAAAACAGGAAAUUUUACGUGGUUGUUUAUUCUCAUGAAAGGAAAGACGGCGGAAGUUAUUCAUACAGGUUUCAUGGGCAUUUUGGUCACAGAGCCUCAGAAAGGAUUCUGCACGACGCUCUAAGGCAUCAAGCGGUUUUUUACCAGCCCGAGAAGAAGUUAUUUCGACGUAGCAAAUCUUUUGGAGAAGUCGAUUCUCACAUAGGUACAGGGCAGUUCAAACGCAGCGACAAGAAAUAUGCUUCAACAUUUGGCAAGACACCCAGCCGUGGAUCAUUUAGAAAAUUCACUGAUUCUAUUCGAAGAAAGAUACCUCACAAGCAAAAAAGUGCACCAGCUGAUUCAUCCCUCGAUGAAAGCCCGAAUACCAGCAACACAAGCACCAUGACCUACGUGUAAGGUCGUACAAUUUUAUGGUCUCAUGGCCAAAGAAAAUUCACCAGCGUGUGCUUUGGGGAUUAUAUAAAGACGACUUUACAAAAACUUUGUUUUGAUAUUAAUUUUAUAUUAAUUUUCUGAUGACCAUUUUCUGAUGACCAUUUUCUGAUGACCAUUUUUCCCAACAAUGUGCCCGGGAUCAUGAAAAGGUCAAGCAAUGUUACUUUAUUUGAUUUCAUAAGCACAUAAAAUUUCUUCUUUAAAGUACUUUUGUAAGAGGUGGGAAACUUGGAAAAGAAAAACCUCUCUGGCACUGAUAAGUCCAGGAAUUUUAUUUUGAGCUUGGAAAAUUUUAUCUUUGUAAUAGAUUUGCAGUAAACUCAUAGUAAAGCAUGAAGAAAAGUUGAUGAACCAUGUGCACCUUGUGGGUUCAAAUUUAAAAAGUAACAACAGCAGAAAACCUCAUCCCAAGGGGGAUGAGCAAAUUUCAAGGUAAAAAAUUAGAACUGGCAUCACAAAUUUUGUCCUAACUGAGAUUCCAUUCACACUGUCAAACAUAAUCAAACAACUUAUUGUGAUGAUGAAAAAUGUAGCCAUGAGUGGAAAGGAUGUCUGUUAAGAGAGGAUUCAUGCUACUUAAUGUUAUAUUUAACAUUGGAAAUUGUAUUUUUUUUACCAAGGAAUGGUUAGAAAAAGUCAAGUCAAAAUGUUUGUGAUAGUGAUUUAUAGAAGUUUCCCCCACUGCAAAUUUACCUUCUCCAGUUUCCUCUCACUUACAGUUGCAAAGUGUUCAGUAACUUAGAACAACAACAUGACCUUAUGGCUAAGGAAAUAUGUAUGUCACAUGAUAUUUAUUGGUAAAUGUUAUAAUUAUGUAAUGCUGAAAGUUAGUAAUACUUUAGCAAAACCAGCAUCAAUGUAAAGCUGUACCAUAAAAAGUAAUAUAUUCAAAUUUUGUGGCUAUUUCUUGAAAUAUUGCUAGACAUUAAUUUUGUACUCGUCUUGCACAUUAAUCGUACUCUGUGAAGUACAGUUGGAUAAUGAAUUUAUUUGUGCUUAUUAAAGCUUUCAAAAGUUUGCAAUAGUGCUCUGUUAAGAUUUCACAAGGCUGUCUUUGAGAGAAAUAGAUGCUUAAUUGUAUUGACAAUGGCAGUUCUGCCUCUGUGUUUCUAGUGAUUACACAGACUUAUCUAGAACCUAUCUUCUCGGAUCAUGUGUACUGUCGGUACUCUUGGAAAAGAGUUAGUCUUCUAUGUUUAACCGAAAUGUUGGUUGACAUUCUAUUGACAUUUGGUUGACACUCAACGGUUGGCUGAUGUUUGAUAAAUUUUGACCAAUAUUGCAAUUCCUUAUUGACUGAGUCUUGACUGAUUAUCAGCCAACUAUCAACCAACUGUUGACUGACUAUUGACUGAGUGUUGACCAAGUGUCAACUGACAUAUCGGUCCAGUAUUGCCCAACUCUGAAACUUCUUUGAACUAAGAGAAAAAAUGGCUGAGGGCUUAUGUAAUAAAAUAAGUGGCUUUUUAUUGUGUUUGAAAUAUAUUUUGAUUCUGUUACCUUCACAAAGUUAUAGAAACUCUAAAACUCCAACCCGACAGAAUAAAUUACAUUUGGAAAGGAU